AUGGCUGAAUCAACAAUUGUCUCCAAUACCGCCAACCUUCAGAAAUACCUCGCCCUCCCGCAGAAGGGCAAGAUCACCGCCGAGUAUGUGUGGAUAGACGGCUCCAAUGGUGUCCGUUCAAAAAGCAGGACCCUCACCAAGAAGCCCGAAAAGGUCGAGGACCUGCCUGAAUGGAACUUCGACGGCUCGUCAACGGGCCAGGCUCCUGGCGAGAACUCCGAUGUUUACCUCAGGCCCGUUGCCUUCUACCCUGACCCCUUCCGGCUGGGCGACAACAUCCUUGUCAUGACCGAGACGUACGGUCCCGAUGGCAAGCCCAACAAGUACAACUACCGUCACGAUGCCGCCAUCGUGCUCAACCACAACAAGCAGCACGACAUCUGGUUUGGUCUCGAGCAAGAAUACACCCUUCUCGACAUCAACGGCUGGCCGUAUGGCUGGCCCAAGAACGGUUUCCCUGCUCCCCAGGGCCCCUACUACUGCGGUGUCGGUACCGGCAAGGUUUACUGCCGUGACAUCGUGGAGGCUCACUACCGCGCCUGCAUGUACGCCGAGAUCAACAUCUCUGGCACCAACGCUGAGGUCAUGCCUGCCCAGUGGGAAUACCAAGUCGGCCCCGUCGACGGCAUCUCCAUGGGCGACCAGCUCUGGAUGUCCCGAUUUAUCCUCCACCGCGUCGCUGAGGAGUUCGGCGUCAAGGUGACCUUCGCGCCCAAGCCCAUCCCCGGCGACUGGAACGGCGCCGGUCUCCACACCAAUGUCUCCACCAAGGAGAUGCGUGAGGAAGGCGGCAUGAAGCACAUCGAGGCUGCCAUGGAGAAGCUCGCCAAGCGUCAGGCCGAACACAUGGCUGUCUACGGCGAGGACAACCAGCUCCGCAUGAGCGGCAAGCACGAGACUUCAAGUUACGACAAAUUCACCUGGGGCGUUGCCAACCGUGGCUCCUCCGUCCGCAUUCCCCGCUCAGUAGCCGCCGAGGGCAAGGGCUACUUCGAGGACCGCCGUCCCGCCUCCAACGGUGACCCAUACCAGCUCACUGGUAUAAUUACCGAGACUUUGUUCGGCAAGGUUGAGGGUGCCGAUGUCGCUGCCUUCGCUGAGGGCACGACCGACGUUGAGCAAGAGCUCGUUGUCCCCGUCGCGAAACCGUAG